AUGGCUGUGCGAUGGGGCGAUACUUCUCUACCGUACGUUAAAUUGGCAGGAACGUUUGUCUUGUUCCGCUUUUCACAGUAUGCGUUGGUAAUUGCGACCCCGAGUAAACCAUUCGAUGACUCUACCUCUAUUCUAUUGAACAAUCUGGUCCACGACCCAAUCGUUACUAGCAGCUGGUGGAAUACCACUCUUUGGAAUAAACUGCUGCAUUGGGAUGCUGUAUUUUUCAUUAAGCACAUGGUAACCAUUGGCGAUGGUGCUACCAAUUACGAACACGAAUUUGCGUUCUCGAAAUUCUGGGCUUGGUGUGUGCAACAACUGAUCCCAAUACAAAGUCAAACAGAUUUUUAUUACAUUUUGAAGACUGCUGUAUUAGUGACCAAUCUACUACAUCUAUUUUCUGUUUUGAUACUAUACGAAUUGACAAGGACCGUCUUUGGUAAAAAUGACCGGUUCAACUUUAGAGUGGCUCUACUGUUCAUAUUUUCUAGCGGUGCUGGAUUCUUUACCACAUUUUACUCGGAACCCUUGUCGUUCUUCCUAGCGUUCCUCGGGUUAUGGUUCCGUGAGGAGGCUUUACAAACAAAGGGUCCUUACAAAGUCGAUUGGACUGAUUGGCCAUUGUACACAGUGGGGACCACUCUAUGUUUCACACUGGCUACAGUUAACAGAUCGAACUGUAUUUUAUUGGGUAUUUUCUACCUGUAUGACUGCUACAGGAUGAUUAGACACAGGCUCUUACUCAAAGUGGUAUUUUUCCCACUUCUUAGCGGCUUCUUAAUGCUACUUGGGGUUUUAUGUCAGUGGUACUACGUGCCCUAUCUACAGUUCUGUCCCGAAAGGGGCGAAUGGUGUGACACCUCUGUGUGGUGGGUAUUCACGAGACAGUCAAUGUACGCUUACAUCCAGUCUGAAUACUGGGGGGUUGGUUUUUUGAAAUAUUGGACUGUGAACAACUUGCCCAAUUUCUUGUUUGCGGUACCGAGCGUCGUUAUAUUGGCGAAGGCAGUAAGAUUCUACGGGUUCCAAAGGGGGGACCCCAUAGCACAGUCGCUGAGACCCUACUGCAUUGUGACCGUGAUGUUAUUGUUUGUGAUAUGUUUCUGCGCUCACGUCCAAAUUAUAAACAGGGUGGUCACUUUCCUUCCGAUACAUCUAUGGUACAUCUGUGACCAAUUGGAGAGGGACAGAACGCACGCUUUGAAGGAUGGUGUUCCGGUCCAGGAGGAUAAAUUAUUGAAAUGGUACGUAUACUGGUUGAUGUUUUGGAUCCCCGUACAAACUGUCUUAUUCGCAUCAUUUCUGCCGCCGGCCUAA